AACGAAUCGGAUCAACGCUAAGAGAUAUACGAAGUAAACCCGUUGGAGUGCACGGAAAACGAGAAUGCUAGCGCUAUCUGGAAACAAAAGUUGUCAUAAUUUAACCUUUCCUUAUGUUGCAACAAUUUUUAUCUAGUUUGUGCUUUUAACGAAUAUCGAAUUAUAUUGAAUCUAGUCAAUCGUAUAUAAUAAUUGAUAAUUCAUAAUAAAGAUUCAAGUAAAAAGUAAUUUGUGUGUUAACUCGAGUUUUUACUACGCCACAAAAUGUCCCGUCAUCGAGAUGUUCGAUGUAUGAAUUAUUCGGAUGAGUACGAUGGUUACGACGACGUAUAUGGACACUCUGUAGAGGAUGACUACUGUGUAUCGCCCAGUGCUGAACAGUUUUUGUUUGAUCGAAGUAAGCAACAAAAUAUUGCUUCUUUUAUUAUGGAGCCAGAUAUCGUCGAGGAUAAUGAAGAUGAUAGUACAGUAUCAUCUCCUGCAAGUAAAAAAUUAGAUCUUUCUGAGCUAGAAAGAGCAAAGUUAUUAUCUUGCAUGGAAACUAUAAAAAAUGUCACAGGAGAUUCAAUAGCUGAAUCUAAAAUUGAAGACGAAAUUAUCCAAUCAGGAUUUGAUACAGAAGUAGCACUAGACAAACUUUUGAAAACAGCACCUCAAAAAAGUAUUACUGAACAAUCUAGAAGUAGUAAGGAGUGUCUGAAUCCUUGUCCAGGUAAUAAACUGUCAUCAAUGUCAACAUUACAAAUAAGUACAUCUUCAAUGGUAAAAGUUGUGCCAGCUGGAACAAGUUCUAUUGUCAAAGGGUUUACUGUGACUGGAUCAGAAAAUACAGGUCAUUUGAGUCCACAUAUUCAAACUCCACGUUCUCAAAGCCCAUGUUCUGAACAGAACAGUCCAAGUGUAAAACGUAAAGAAAAUAUGAAACAAGAUAAAAACAUAGUUUCUUUGGAAACUGAUUCUUUAAGAAGUCAAUCCCCUAUGUCCGGUCAUGUUACACCUGAUUUAGAUUAUAAGACAAAAUCUAUAGAGGACAAACGUGAUGUUUUACGUAUUUAUAAAGAUAAAAGAAGCAACAAUAAAGAACAAUUACACCUAGUUGUCGUGGGACACGUUGACGCUGGAAAAAGUACUUUGCUUGGACGUCUUUUGUGUGACUUAGGACAAGUUCCAUCGAGAUUAAUUCACAAGUAUCAACAAGAGAGUAAAAAAAUUGGUAAACAAUCCUUUGCUUAUGCAUGGGUGCUAGAUGAAACAGGAGAGGAAAGGGAACGUGGAAUAACGAUGGAUGUAGGACAUUCUAAAUUCGAAACCGACAAUAAAUGCAUUACUCUUUUGGAUGCACCUGGUCACAAAGAUUUUAUUCCAAACAUGAUCACUGGUGCCACUCAAGCGGAUGUUGCCUUGCUCGUAGUCGAUGCUACCAGAGGUGAAUUUGAAACUGGAUUUGAUAGUGGUGGACAGACUAGAGAACAUGCUUUGUUAUUACGUUCCUUAGGAGUGUCUCAGUUAGCUGUUGUAGUUAACAAAUUGGAUACAGUGAAUUGGUCAAAAGAAAGAUUUAACGAAAUUGUUGAUAAAAUGAGCGUUUUUUUAAAACAAGCUGGUUACAGAGAGACCAUCACUUUUGUACCUUGUAGUGGACUCUCGGGAGAAAAUGUAGUCAUGCCAGCGAAAACUGAAGGUCUUUCCAAUUGGUAUACUGGACCUACAUUAGUAAAUGUUAUUGAUAAUUUUAAGUGCCCAGAACGUCCAGUUAAUAAACCAUUCAGAUUUUCUGUAAAUGAUAUAUAUAAAGGUACUGGGUCUGGAUUCUGCGUAUCUGGUCAUGUAGAAACAGGCAUGGUGGCUGUAGGGGAUAAAAUUUUGGUGCUGCCGCAAAACGAAGUUGCAGUUGUAAAAGGUUUACAAGCAGAUGAUGCAUCCAUAGUAAAUGCUUUCGCUGGUGAUCAUAUUUCAUUGACAUUAUCAGGCAUUGACCAACAAAAUGUUGGAGUUGGUGAUAUCAUUUGUAAUCCACAAAAUCCUGUACCAAUAACAACAUGUUUCCAGGCACAUGUAGUCAUAUUCUCUAUUGCUGUACCUAUUACAAAGGGCUUCCCAGUAAUAAUGCAUCAGCAAUCUUUGGUACAACCAGGUAUUAUAACUAAAUUGAUAGCACAGCUCCAUAAAAGCACUGGAGAUGUAAUAAAAAAAAAACCGCGUUGUUUACCUAAAAACUCUAGUGCAAUUAUUGAAAUCGUAACGCAAACACCAGUUUGCAUGGAACUGUAUAAAGAUGUUAAACAGCUUGGUAGGAUAAUGUUAAGAGUGGAAGGUACAACGAUCGCAGCCGGGUUGAUUACCAAAAUUAAAUGAUUAUUAAUUAUUAACUUAGUUCCUUGGUGCAACAUUUAUGCAUAAGAUAAAAUCCUGUAUUUAAUAUAAUAAAAAUUCUACCCAGAAAAUGA